AUGGAGGGUGAGCAUUUAAGUCAUGGAUCGCCAAACAAAGCACAAGAUACAGCUAAAUCUUUCCCAUGUCUAUACUGUUCAAGAAAGUUCCACAGUUCACAAGCUCUCGGCGGCCAUCAAAAUGCCCACAAGAAAGAGAGGAGCGCAGCUAGAAAGAACAAAAGGGCUUGUGAUUUCGCUCUCAUCCCACCACCGCCGCCGCCACCGCCGUUGCUUUUCUCUCCCAACUAUCCCAUCGGAGUUUUCAGCCCUUGGGCUUAUGUCAACGCCCAUGGCGCCAGCCUGUGCCAGUUCCAGGGCCAGCAGAUGGUCGACCGCUUCGGGUCAAGCGGCGGGGCUCGGGUCAAGCGGCGGGGCCCGUUUCGAGAAUCUUGA